GGGGUUUCCUGCUCAACCCGGCCCGAACCCGACCCGACAUCGAAGCGAUUAGAGAGCCGGGAAAAUAUAACCGAACUGUGAAGGCUGUGCCGAAGGCCUAGAAGACCAGAGUAAGAUGAAAAUUGGAGAGAACUCCCGCGGGCGAUGGGGCUCAAAUUGACGGUCUCGAGGAUACAGAAAUGUGCUCGUCCUCCCCGCGCUCGCACUGGUUGACAGGUCGAUUGGCUGGCGUCGCCCCGUGACCUGCUCUGCAAGGUUUCUUUUGGUGUACGGACUAAAUGACAUGAAGUACGCAUUCUCCCACCCCACAAGUAUAUUGAACCCCCUAGUCUUCCUUAAUAUCUUGUAAUCUUUACAACUCAACCCAUGUGCAUCGUCUGGCAGCUUUUGUCUCGAUUUAACCUCCAUGUCAACCAUGUGUUCCAAGUCCAACUACACCUCCGCGAAAUGGUGGAAAGACGCGGUGGUGUAUCAUGUGUAUCCCGCAAGCUUUAACAACGGGAAACCCGCGACUGAAGGCAAUGGAUGGGGUGAUGUGACCGGUAUUAUUGAUAAGGUUCCGUAUGUAAGGAGCUUGGGUGUCGAUAUUGUAUGGCUUAGCCCCAGUGAGUCGAUAUUCUGCAGAGGCACGGAGGCUCCUGCAAAAGAAGGCCAGAGACCACGCCCGCACCCCAAUGCAAUGGAGUGCUGCGCCGCAUGCGGGCUUCACAGUCCCCAAUGCGACGCCCUGGAUGAGGGUAAAUGAUGACUAUGAAACUAUCAAUGUGGAGGCACAGAUGUCCUUCCCGUGGCAGAUAAAAGGCGAACCAUCCGUUUGGCAGUUCUGGCAGCAGGCAUUACAGCACCGAAAGCUCUAUAAAGAUGCUUUCGUUUACGGCGACUUUGAGGAUCUGGACUUUCACAACGAAAAGGUCUUUGCGUACUUGAGGACUAGUGCAGACAGAAAAGAGAGCUGGCUUGUUGCGAUGAACUGGACAACCACUGCGGUCGAAUGGACGGUUCCUUCAGGCAUCCGCGUCGCACGUUGGGCAUCCUCUUCGCUUCAGACUGCCCCGCUCGUGGCGAGCCAGCCGACCAUCACGCUCCGGGCCUUUGAAGGGGUCAUCGGGUGUUGUAUUUAAGCACGCUGCAC